AUGGCGCGAGAGGCGUCUCCGUCAGAGGCGUCUCAGUACCAUCUUACUCACAGUCCUUCAGCGAGCCUUCCUGCUCGUCAGUCAAGCAUUAUUCGAUUCGUUCCCUCAAAAAAAUGCGACACCGUCCACGAUGCACCAGGGAGAUCCCUAUUGGGAUCUACUUUACGAUUUUCCACGCCAGAAAUGGAGCUUGAUGCUCAGCUAGCACUCGAGGCACAAGAAAAGCUUGGUGAUGCUAUCGUGUGUGCUCCAUAUAAUGGCCCCAUGCCACUCGAUGAUACCACAAUACCAACACGAACCGUUAACUACUGUACAGAUUAUGAACCUUCCAAGCCGAAUGAGUAUGCCUCCUUUUGUCGGAGCUUAAAAGAAUGGCGUCGUAUGAAACAAUAUGAUGAAAGAGAGAGUGAGAGUGAGGAAGAAGAUUCCGUGCCUCGUCGAUCCCAAUUCGCUCCGCCUGCAUUUUAUACCCAUACCGUAUCAAGAGCGCACAGCUUUACUAGACGUGUCCCGCCACCUGGACCCCCUCCUCGGCCUCCACCCUCAUUGAAACACCUCGUUCCCUCUGUUGAGUCGCACAAUAAAAAAGUCUAG